AUUUGGAGUCCUCGUUCCACGCCUUCUCAUCAUCCUGAACAGCAAGUCCUGGGACUCCGGCGGAGAAUCUAAACGUAAAGCAUCACCCACGGUCGUGAAUUGUAGGCCCUCUUUGCAUCCGGGAUCUUAUUCUGGCCCCGGCGGAGUUAGGGAUGGUGUCGCUUAGCAGCCGCUGCCGCUUUGGCUUCCUCGGGACCAUUUGGCUGGACCCAGAGUCCGCGUGGAAUCGCGAUAGGGAUCUGUCCAGCUUGGUGGUUGCGAUAGUGAGGGACCUCCGCUGGUUGCCAGGCUUGGUGUAGAGGUGGAGCACAGUGAAAGAAUUCAAGAUGCCACCUAAUAUAAACUGGAAAGAAAUAAUGAAAGUUGACCCAGAUGACCUGCCCCGUCAAGAAGAACUGGCAGAUAAUUUAUUGAUUUCCUUAUCCAAGGUGGAAGUAAAUGAGCUAAAAAGUGAAAAGCAAGAAAAUGUGAUACACCUUUUCAGAAUUACUCAGUCACUAAUGAAGAUGAAAGCUCAAGAAGUAGAGCUGGCUUUGGAAGAAGUAGAAAAAGCUGGAGAAGAACAAGCAAAAUUUGAAAAUCAAUUAAAGACUAAAGUAAUGAAACUGGAAAAUGAACUGGAGAUGGCUCAGCAGUCUGCAGGUGGACGAGAUACUCGGUUUUUACGUGAUGAAAUUCGCCAACUUGCAAAGCAAUUAGAACAAAAAGAUAGAGAAUUGGAGGACAUAGAAAAGGAGUUGGAGAAAGAGAAGAAAGUUAAUGAGCAAUUGGCUCUUCGAAAUGAGGAGGCAGAAAAUGAAAACAGCAAAUUAAGAAGAGAGAACAAACGUCUAAAGAAAAAGAAUGAACAACUUUGUCAGGAUAUUAUUGACUACCAGAAACAAAUAGAUUCACAAAAAGAAACACUUUUAUCAAGAAGAGGGGAAGACAGUGACUACCGAUCACAGUUGUCUAAAAAAAACUAUGAGCUUGUCCAAUAUCUUGAUGAAAUUCAGACUUUAACAGAAGCUAAUGAGAAAAUUGAAGUUCAGAAUCAGGAAAUGAGAAAAAAUUUAGAAGAGUCUGUACAGGAAAUGGAGAAGAUGACUGAUGAAUAUAAUAGAAUGAAAGCUAUUGUACAUCAGACAGAUAAUGUAAUAGAUCAGUUAAAGAAAGAAAACGAUCAUUAUCGACUUCAAGUACAGGAGCUUACAGAUCUUCUGAAAGCAAAAAAUGAAGAAGAUGAUCCAAUUAUGGUAGCUGUCAAUGCAAAAGUAGAAGAAUGGAAGCUUAUUUUGUCUUCUAAAGAUGAUGAAAUUAUUGAGUAUCAGCAAAUGUUACAUAACCUAAGGGAGAAACUUAAGAACGCUCAGCUUGAUGCUGAUAAAAGUAAUGUUAUGGCUCUACAGCAGGGUAUACAGGAACGAGACAGUCAAAUUAAGAUGCUCACAGAACAAGUAGAACAAUAUACAAAAGAAAUGGAAAAGAAUACUUUUAUUAUUGAAGAUUUGAAAAAUGAGCUUCAAAGAGACAAAGGUGCUUCAACCCUUUCUCAACAGACUCAUUAUAUGAAAAUUCAGUCAACGUUAGACAUUUUGAAAGAGAAAACUAAAGAGGCUGAGAGAACAGCUGAACUGGCUGAGGCUGAUGCUAGGGAAAAGGAUAAAGAAUUAGUUGAGACUCUGAAGAGGUUAAAAGAUUAUGAAUCGGGAGUAUAUGGUUUAGAAGAUGCUGUCAUUGAAAUAAAGAAUUGUAAAAACCAAAUUAAAAUCAGAGAUCGAGAGAUCGAAAUAUUGACAAAGGAAAUCAAUAAACUUGAAUUGAAGAUCAAUGAUUUCCUUGAUGAAAAUGAGGCACUUAGAGAACGUGUGGGCCUUGAACCAAAGACAAUGAUUGAUUUAACUGAAUUUAGAAAUAGCAAACACUUAAAACAGCAGCAGUACAGAGCUGAAAACCAGAUUCUUUUGAAAGAGAUUGAAAGUCUAGAGGAAGAACGACUUGAUCUGAAAAAAAAAAUUCGUCAAAUGGCUCAAGAAAGAGGAAAAAGAAGUGCAACUUCAGGAUUAACCACUGAGGACCUGAACCUAACUGAAAACGUUUCUCAAGGAGAUAGAAUAAGUGAAAGAAAAUUGGAUUUAUUGAGCCUGAAAAAUAUGAGUGAAGCACAAUCAAAGAAUGAAUUUCUUUCAAGAGAAUUAAUUGAAAAAGAAAGAGAUUUAGAAAGAAGUAGGACAGUGAUAGCCAAAUUUCAGAAUAAAUUAAAAGAAUUAGUUGAAGAAAAUAAGCAACUUGAAGAAGGUAUGAAAGAAAUAUUGCAAGCAAUUAAGGAAAUGCAGAAAGAUCCUGAUGUUAAUGGAGGAGAAACAUCUCUAAUUAUCCCUAGCCUUGAAAGACUAGUUAAUGCUAUAGAAUCAAAGAAUGCAGAAGGUAUCUUUGAUGCCAGUCUGCAUUUGAAAGCCCAAGUUGAUCAGCUUACCGGAAGAAAUGAAGAAUUAAGACAGGAGCUCAGGGAAUCUCGGAAAGAGGCUAUAAAUUAUUCACAGCAGUUGGCAAAGGCUAAUUUAAAGAUAGACCAUCUUGAAAAAGAAACUAGUCUUUUACGACAAUCAGAAGGAUCAAAUGUUGUUUUUAAAGGAAUUGACUUACCUGAUGGGAUAGCACCAUCUAGUGCCAGUAUCAUUAAUUCUCAGAAUGAAUAUUUAAUACAUUUGUUACAGGAACUAGAAAAUAAAGAAAAAAAGUUAAAGAAUUUAGAAGAUUCUCUUGAAGAUUAUAACAGAAAAUUUGCUGUAAUUCGUCAUCAACAAAGUUUGUUGUAUAAAGAAUACCUAAGUGAAAAGGACACCUGGAAAACAGAGUCUAAAACAAUAAAAGAGGAAAAGAGAAAACUUGAAGAUCAAAUUCAACAAGAUGCUAUAAAAGUAAAAGAAUAUAAUAAUUUGCUCAAUACUCUUCAGAUGGAUUCGGAUGAAAUGAAAAAAAUACUUGCAGAAAACAGUAGGAAAAUUACUGUUUUGCAAGUGAAUGAAAAAUCACUUAUAAGGCAAUAUACAAUCUCAGUAGAACUGGAGCGACAACUUAGAAAAGAAAAUGAGAAACAAAAGAAUGAAUUGUUGUCAAUGGAGGCUGAAGUUUGUGAAAAACUUGGAUGUUUGCAAAGAUUUAAGGAAAUGGCCAUUUUCAAGAUUGCAGCUCUCCAAAAAGUUGUAGAUAAUAGUGUCUGUUUGUCUGAACUAGAACUGGCUAAUAAACAGUACAAUGAACUGACUUCUAAGUACAGGGACAUCUUGCAAAAAGAUAAUAUGCUCGUUCAAAGAACAAGUAACUUGGAACACCUGGAAUGUGAAAAUGCCUCCUUAAAAGAACAGCUGGAGUCUAUAAAUAAAGAACUGGAGAUUACCAAGGAAAAACUUCACACUAUUGAACAAGCCUGGGAACAAGAAACUAGAUUAGGUAAUGAAUCUAGCAUGGAUAAGGCAAAGAAAUCAAUAACCAACAGUGACAUUGUUUCCAUUUCAAAAAAAAUAACUAUGCUGGAAAUGAAGGAAUUAAAUGAAAGGCAGCGGGCUGAACAUUGUCAAAAAAUGUAUGAACACUUACGGACUUCAUUAAAGCAAAUGGAGGAACGUAAUUUUGAAUUGGAAACCAAAUUUGCUGAGCUUACCAAAAUCAAUUUGGAUGCACAGAAGGUGGAACAAAUGUUAAGAGAUGAAUUAGCUGGUAGCGUGAGCAAGGCAGUAAGUGAUGCUGAUAGGCAACGGAUUCUGGAAUUGGAGAAGAAUGAAAUGGAACUAAAAGUUGAAGUGUCAAAACUGAGAGAGAUUUCUGAUAUUGCCAGAAGGCAAGUUGAAAUUUUGAAUGCACAACAACAAUCUAGGGAAAAGGAAGUAGAGUCCCUCAGAAUGCAACUGCUAGACUAUCAGGCACAGUCUGAUGAAAAGGCAUUGAUUGCCAAGUUGCACCAACAUAAUGUCUCUCUUCAACUUAGUGAGGCUACUGCUCUUGGUAAGUUGGAGUCAAUUACAUCUAAACUGCAGAAGACGGAGGCCUACAAUUUGCGCUUAGAGCAGAAACUUGAUGAAAAAGAACAGGCUCUCUAUUAUGCUCGUUUGGAGGGGAGAAACAGAGCAAAACAUCUGCGCCAAACAAUUCAGUCUCUACGACGACAGUUUAGUGGAGCUUUACCCUUGGCACAACAGGAAAAGUUCUCUAAAACAAUGAUUCAGCUACAAAAUGACAAACUGAAGAUAAUGCAAGAAAUGAAAAAUUCUCAACAAGAACAUAGAAAUAUGGAGAACAAAACAUUGGAGAUGGAAUUGAAAUUAAAGGGCCUGGAAGAGUUAAUAAGCACUUUAAAGGAUACCAAAGGAGCCCAAAAGGUAAUCAACUGGCAUAUGAAAAUAGAAGAACUUCGUCUUCAAGAACUUAAACUAAAUCGAGAAUUAGUCAAGGAUAAAGAAGAAAUAAAAUAUUUGAAUAAUAUAAUUUCUGAAUAUGAACGUACAAUCAGCAGUCUUGAAGAAGAAAUUGUGCAGCAGAACAAGUUUCAUGAAGAAAGACAAAUGACCUGGGAUCAAAGAGAAGUUGACCUGGAACGUCAACUAGACAUUUUUGACCGUCAGCAAAAUGAAAUACUAAAUGCGGCACAAAAGUUUGAAGAAGCUACAGGAUCAAUCCCUGACCCUAGUUUGCCCCUUCCAAAUCAACUUGAGAUGGCUCUAAGAAAAAUUAAGGAGAAUAUUCGAAUAAUCCUAGAAACACGGGCAACUUGCAGAUCACUAGAAGAGAAGCUGAAAGAGAAAGAAUCUGCUUUAAGGUUAGCAGAACAAAAUAUACUGUCAAGAGACAAAGUAAUCAAUGAACUGAGGCUUCGAUUGCCUGCCACUGCAGAAAGAGAAAAGCUCAUAGCUGAGCUAGGGAGAAAAGAAAUGGAACCCAAAUCUCACCACACUUUGAAAAUUGCUCAUCAAACCAUUGCAAACAUGCAAGCAAGGUUAAAUCACAAAGAAGAAGUAUUAAAGAAGUAUCAACAUCUUCUAGAAAAAGCCAGAGAGGAGCAAAGAGAAAUUGUGAAGAAACAUGAGGAAGACCUUCAUAUUCUUCAUCACAAAUUAGAACUACAGGCUGAUAGUUCACUAAAUAAAUUCAAACAAACAGCUUGGGAUUUAAUGAAACAGUCUCCCCCUCCAGUUCCUACCAACAAGCAUUUUAUUCGUCUGGCUGAGAUGGAGCAGACAGUAGCAGAACAAGAUGACUCUCUCUCCUCACUCUUGAUCAAACUAAAGAAAGUGUCACAAGAUUUAGAGAGACAAAGAGAAAUCACUGAAUUAAAAGUAAAAGAAUUUGAAAAUAUCAAAUUACGGCUCCAAGAAAACCAUGAAGAUGAAGUGAAAAAAGUAAAAGCAGAAGUAGAGGAUUUAAGGUAUCUUCUGGACCAGUCACAAAAGGAGUCACAGUGUUUAAAAUCUGAACUUCAGGCUCAAAAAGAAGCAAAUUCAAGAGCUCCAACAACUACAAUGAGAAAUCUAGUAGAACGGCUAAAAAGCCAAUUAGCCUUGAAAGAGAAACAACAGAAAGCACUUAGUCGAGCACUUUUAGAACUCCGGGCAGAAAUGACAGCAGCUGCUGAAGAGCGUAUUAUUUCUGCAACUUCUCAAAAAGAGGCCCAUCUCAAUGUUCAACAAAUCGUUGAUCGACAUACUAGAGAGCUAAAGACACAAGUUGAAGAUUUAAAUGAAAAUCUUUUAAAAUUGAAAGAAGCACUUAAAACAAGUAAAAACAGAGAAAACUCACUAACUGAUAAUUUGAAUGACUUAAAUAAUGAACUGCAAAAAAAACAAAAAGCCUAUAAUAAAAUACUUAGAGAGAAAGAUGAAAUUGAUCAAGAGAAUGAUGAACUGAAAAGGCAAAUUAAAAGACUAACGAGUGGGUUACAGGGCAAACCCCUGAUAGAUAAUAAACAAAGUCUAAUUGAAGAACUCCAAAGGAAAAUUAAAAAACUAGAGAGCCAGUUAGAAGGAAAGGUGGAUGAAGUAGACCUAAAACCUAUGAAAGAAAAGAAUGCUAAAGAAGAAUUAAUUAGGUGGGAAGAAGGUAAAAAAUGGCAAGCCAAAAUAGAAGGAAUUCGAAACAAGUUAAAAGAGAAAGAGGGGGAAGUCUUUACUUUAACAAAGCAGUUGAAUACUUUGAAGGAUCUUUUUGCCAAAGCUGAUAAAGAGAAACUUACUUUGCAGAGGAAACUAAAAACAACUGGCAUGACUGUUGAUCAAGUUUUGGGAGUACGAGCUUUGGAGUCAGAAAAAGAAUUAGAAGAAUUAAAAAAGAGAAAUCUUGACUUAGAAAAUGAUAUAUUGUAUAUGAGGGCCCACCAAGCUCUUCCUCGAGAUUCUGUUGUAGAAGAUUUACAUUUACAAAACAGAUACCUCCAAGAAAAACUUCAUGCUUUGGAAAAACAGCUUUCAAAGGAUACAUACUCUAGGCCUUCAAUUUCCGGAAUAGAGUCAGAUGAUCAUUGUCAGAGAGAACAGGAGCUUCAGAAGGAAAACUUGAAGUUGUCGUCUGAAAAUAUUGAACUGAAAUUUCAGCUUGAACAAGCAAAUAAAGAUUUGCCAAGAUUAAAGAAUCAAGUCAGAGAUUUGAAGGAAAUGUGUGAAUUUCUUAAGAAAGAAAAAGCAGAAGUUGAGCGGAAACUUGGCCAUGUUAGAGGGUCUGGUAGAAGUGGAAAGACAAUCCCAGAACUGGAAAAAACCAUUGGUUUAAUGAAAAAAGUAGUUGAAAAAGUCCAGAGAGAAAAUGAACAGUUGAAAAAAGCAUCAGGAAUAUUGACUAGUGAAAAAAUGGCUAAUAUUGAGCAAGAAAAUGAAAAAUUGAAGGCUGAAUUAGAAAAACUUAAAGCUCAUUUUGGGCAUCAGUUGAGCAUGCACUAUGAAUCCAAGACCAAAGGCACAGAAAAAAUUAUUGCUGAAAAUGAAAAGCUUCGUAAAGAACUUAAAAAAGAAACUGAUGCUGCAGAGAAAUUACGGAUAGCAAAGAAUAAUUUAGAGAUAUUAAAUGAGAAGAUGACAGUUCAACUAGAAGAGACUGGUAAGAGAUUGCAGUUUGCAGAAAGCAGAGGUCCACAGCUUGAAGGUGCUGACAGUAAGAGCUGGAAAUCCAUUGUGGUUACAAGAAUGUAUGAAACUAAGUUAAAGGAAUUGGAAACUGAUAUUGCCAAAAAAAAUCAAAGCAUUACUGACCUUAAACAGCUUGUAAAAGAAGCAACAGAGAGAGAACAAAAAGUUAAGAAAUACACUGAAGACCUUGAAGAACAGAUUAAGAUUCUUAAACAUGUUCCUGAAGGUGCUGAGACAGAGCAAGGCCUCAAACGGGAGCUUCAAGUUCUUAGAUUAGCUAAUAGUCAGCUGGAUAAAGAGAAAGCAGAAUUAAUCCAUCAGAUAGAAGCUAACAAGGACCAAAGUGGAGCUGAAAGCACCAUACCUGAUGCUGAUCAACUAAAGGAAAAAGUAAAAGAUCUAGAGACACAGCUCAAAAUGUCAGAUCAAGAAAAGCAGCAUUUGAAGGAGGAAAUAAAAAAGCUGAAAAAAGAACUGGAAAAUUUUGAUCCUUCAUUUUUUGAAGAAAUUGAAGAUCUUAAGUAUAAUUACAAGGAAGAAGUGAAGAAGAAUAUUCUCUUAGAAGAGAAGGUAAAAAAACUUUCAGAACAAUUGGGAGUUGAGUUAACUAGCCCUGUUGCUGCUUCUGAAGAGUUUGAAGAUGACGAAGAAAGUCCUGUUAAUUUCCCCAUUUACUGAAGGUCACCUAUAAACUUCGUUUCAUUUAACUAUUUAUUAACUUUAUAAGUUAAAAUAUACCUGGAAAUAAGCAAUUCUCUGAACUGUAGUAUUUCCUUCUCACUACCUUGUACUUUUAUACUUAGAUUGGAAUUCUUAAUAAAUAAAAUUAUAUGAAAUUUU